AUGGUAGCUGAAUCUGAAACUGAUGAUGAAAAAACUGAAAUUGAAGAUGGAGAGGAAGAAAGAGAAUCACCGAUGGUGAAGCUGGAUUUCGCGAAAUUGUUCAAAAUGGCUGAAGAUCCGGAUUUGGAAGAGUUGUUGAGAAGUCCGUUGGAUCAAGCAUUGCAGAAUUUAGAGUUGGUUUUUUUUUUUCACUCAAAAGUUUUUUUUAAAAACAAUUUCGAUUCAGAUUAUUUCAAAAAAUAUCUUACUGUUUCAACAAGUUCUCAAGUUUUUUCUAUAUUUUUUCAUUUGAAAUAAUUGUUGAUUUAAGUUUCAAUUUAUGCUGAAACUUUGGUUAAAAUUUAAAAAUUAUAUUUGAAAAAGUUUGAGUUUCAAAAAAAUAAAUUUACUGUUUCAAAAAUAUCACCCUUUUUCUAUGAGAAAAUUUUCACUGUUUCAAAAAUCUUUUUUUUUUCAAAUUCAGAAACAUAUUUUUUCUCAAAAAACGUUCACUGUUUCAAAAAUCUUCCAAAUUUUCUACAGUGCGUUUCAUAAUGAUAGGUUCACCCCAAAAUUUCUGAAAUCAGCCGAGGUGUGAGUUGUAAUAACAAUCCGAGUUAA